UGUGGUCUGUUUGUCACUUCAACAAACACUUAAAAAUAUUGUUAUAAAUAAAUACAUAAUUUAUUUAUUAUAGAUUCUCUCUAAAUGUAAAUAACAAGUUAGGUACUUGUGUUAUGAAAAUAAGAUGUAAGCUGUGCGGCCGUAAUGUUAACAGUACCUAUGGUUUAUUGAAUUUAAAUAUAAAAAUCUCUGUAAUCUAUAUAAUACCUAAUUAACAUUGCAAGCGUAGAGCUCCUGAAACUGCAUAUGGUUUUAUUUUCAAUUAUGCAAGCUAAGAAGCGCUUUAUUAUACUUUCACUGACCAGCGGAAUUUUGGUAUAUUGCUACUUCGGCACAUAUCGUUUAAAACCAGACCGGACUCCCAACAGCCGAGAGACUCAACUUCCCAGUUUUGCUUCUUUAGAAGAGUUGUCAGAGUUACCUUCGCAACCACAUAGAAAGUUAACUACGGGCUCAAUUCCAUGUAGAAUGGAAACAUGCUUUGAUUUCUCAAAAUGUGGUAAAGAUCCAAAAAUUUAUGUAUAUCCUAGUGAUGGUCCUGUGAGUGCAUCAUAUCGUAAAGUUAUAUCAGUUAUCAGAGAGUCACGAUAUGUAACACGAGACCCGAAUGAAGCUUGUCUAUUUGUACCUGCAAUUGAUACCUUAGAUGCUGAUCCACUAUCUCCAGAGCAUGCACCUGAUGUAGCAUCACGUUUAACUCGUUUACCUUACUGGAAUAAUGGUCGAAAUCAUCUCAUAUUCAACUUGUAUGCUGGGACAUGGCCUGAUUAUGCUGAAAGUGCCCUGGGAUUUAACCCAGGAGAAGCUAUCUUAGCAAGAGCAAGUGCUUCUGAAACUUUUUUCAGAGAUGGAUUUGAUAUUUCAUUGCCUUUGUUUCAUAAAGAACAUCCAGAGCGUGGGGGUGUUCCACCAGCUGCUACUUACAAUUUCUUUCCAGCACCAAAGCGGCAUUUGUUAGCAUUUAAAGGCAAAAGAUAUGUUCAUGGUAUUGGCAGUGAGACUAGGAACUCAUUGUGGCAUUUGCAUGAUGGUAAUCAUCUUAUUUUGGUUACAACAUGUCGUCAUGGCAAGUCUUGGAAGGAUUUACGGGAUGAAAGAUGUGAUGAAGACAAUAGAGAAUAUGACAAAUUUGACUAUGAGCAGUUAUUGUCUAACUCAACAUUUUGCCUUGUGGCACGAGGGCGACGUCUGGGUUCAUAUCGCUUUCUUGAGGCUUUAGCAGCAGGUUGCAUUCCUGUGUUAUUAAGCAACGGUUGGCGGUUACCUUUUGAUGAGCGUAUUGAUUGGCGUCGUGCCGUUAUUUGGGCUGAUGAGCGUCUCUUGUUGCAGGUGCCUGAGCUGGUUCGCUCUGUACCCCCAGAGCGCAUUCUUGCUCUGCGGCAGCAAACUCAAUUCUUGUGGGAGCAGUAUUUUUCCUCCAUCGAAAAAAUUGUCUUCACUACAAUAGAGAUUUUGCUGGAGCGUGUGCUAGAACAUAGGUCGUCGAAACAACGAGAAGCAUUAAUUUGGAAUGCAUUUCCUGGUGCCCUGGGAACUUUAGCUACUUAUGGUGAUUCCCGGGUUCAUUUCCCUAUAUCGGCUCCCAUUCUCCAAGCGCCGGUUUGUCCGUCCACUCCACUGUCUCCUCUGCCGGCUCCUUCGGUACCUCUAGCAGCGCCUCCGGCCACACCGGGCAACACGUUUACAGCUUUAUUGUAUGUCCAAACUACGUCACCAGCGUUGCAUAAACUACUCGCCAACAUCGCAAGUAGUGAAUAUUGUGAAAAGGUUGUACUAGUGUGGGACAGCGAACGCGCCGCGCCUUCACUAAAGUCACUGUCGCGGUUAGCGGGCGACCCUCGGGAUCCAUUACCUGUUCUCGUUGUUGACGCCACCACUCAUUAUCCCGGGGAAGGAGUUUCAGCCCGUUGGCAACCAUUGUGGGCAGUUCCAACGGCUGCUGUGUUCUCCUUAGAUGGCGAUGCUCCGCUUCUGGCCGAAGAACUAGAUUUCGCUUUUCGGGUGUGGCAACAUUUUCCUGAACGCAUAGUCGGCUACCCAGCUCGGACUCACUUUUGGGACGAGGCAAAGGGUGCUUGGGGUUACAGCAGCAAAUGGGGCGACGCUUAUUCUAUGGUGUUGCCGGGCGCGGCGCUAGUGCACCGCUCAGUGCUGGCGCUGUAUGCCGCCGCGGCGCCGGCGCUGCGCCAAGCCGUGCGACGUACGCGUAAUUGCGAGGACAUACUUCUGAAUUGUCUCGCUUCUCAUCUCACCCGUCGUCCGCCGCUGAAGUUAGCACAGCGACGGCGCUAUAAAGCUACUCACCACAGAUAUAAAUCGUCAUGGAGCGACCCUGAACAUUUUGUUCAAAGGCAAUCCUGUCUCAAUACUUUUGCUACUGCUUGGGGUUAUAUGCCACUUAUGCGAUCUGUUUUGAGAUUAGAUCCUAUAUUAUUUAAGGACCCUGUAUCGACGCUUAGGAAAAAGUACAGAAAAAUGGAAUUAGUAACUUCUUAAGUCUCUUCUAUAUUAAGUGUAAGAACGAAUCCAAGUAUCGAUUUUGCUUGUUCAAGCGAUGACGCAAGCAGAUUUACCUACUCAUUUAACAUUUGCAAGCAGAGAGACUCCUAACGCGGUCAGUAUCUUGUUUCAAAAUAUACAAUCAACGAAAACGUGAUUGCGUAGCGAUCCGAAGGCGGUGUGGUGCGCAUGCGACAGGCUGCGGCGUGGUAUGCGGCAUCUCUGCUCUGCGUGCACAAAAAUUUGCGCACAUGUUAGUUGACAUUAAAUAAUAAUGUCAUAGAAAUGUCAGCCUCCAUUAUACUUAUGUUAAGUACGUCACGUACGUAGCGAAUCCUAUAGAUAUCAAGUAUUUGUUGACUACGCGUCGCGCCGCGCCGCCUCGCCGCCUCACGUUUACAUCCAGGUCACUCACAUUGGACGCGUUAAACAACACUGCCCCCACCAGGCAAAAAUAAUAUUAUUAAGAACUUGUUCGAAUAUGGGCUUCAAGUGUUGCUCUUUAGAUAUAUUUAGGUACAUUUGCAAAGUUAGCAGACAGCUCGCGGGCUCGUCCAGCAGUCCAAUACCGCUCUUAGAUUGUUAGUUGAUGCAAAGUAGAUAUAUCAAAGAUCGAUAAGGUUUAUGUUAAUGAUUUUGUAUAAUAUUAUUUUUUGAUGUUGGGAGCAGUUAUUUAAGUGAGCUAUAACCAUAACACUUUAUACUUUUAAUGAGCCACCGACACGGUAUAUUUCUUUCGAGUGACAUAACAUGACUGUGGUUUUAAUAAAAUUAUUCACGCCAAAGAA